AUGACGUUUGCUGUCGAGAAUGCGUUUGCCCUCGCAAUCUUGGGAGAGCACAAUCCAGAAACUACAACUACCAAGGACCUCAUCUUGAGAACAGACUUGGCCUUUUGGAGGGUCAGCAGCCGUCUUCUCGAGGGCAACACGAGCCUCCCCAACGCUGACGCUGACAUUUUUGAGGAAGUCUUCACUCUUCCUAUGCUCGGUAAACGUGCCACCUCGGGCCUCGAUUGGAACACUCUGGUCGCGACAGUCUUGGAAGUCUAUCUCAGCAUCCGAGAACGCCUAAUCCGUGGCGAAUGCAUCCUUCCCUCUCCUCAAAGCACCAUGAGAGCCAGUAGACUCGAUCCAUCUGUUUCCAUCCUGUUUGGUACUGGACCAACGUUUCCUGCUGCUGAAUCAGACGUCGGCGAGUUUCCAGAUAAUAUCCUCAACGGUGAGUAUGAAGAGUAUGAUGAAGACGAUCGUAAGGCUGGCUUACCUAACUCCGAUCCCAUCAAUAAGGGCAAAAGGCCACGAGAGGAGGACGACUCCUCUCCUUCCCCCAAGACGAAGAAGAGAGCAAGGAAAGAUAAAGGAAAGGGGGUGUAA